UUUUGGCUUUGUCGUGGCUUUAAUUAGAAGUAACCCAAUAUUUCAUUGGCAGAUAAACACAGAGCCAACAACUCCCACUGAGUAGUGAAUGCUCUACCUAGGAAACUAAAUUCUAUCCCUUCAUUUCACGAGAAAAAUAAGAAAAUUCAUUGAUGUGUAACCCAAGUUCAACCCUCUCCUGCCCCCAAGUCAUUGUGUUUUGUGCUUUUCCAGGAGUUAUAACCUCUUUUGGCUCCUCUACCUCUUCAAACAAACACAAGUAGUCAUAGCUGAAGACUGAAGAGACAAUCAAGCAAAGAAAGCAAAAAAAAUGCAAGAGACGAUCGUGCUCUACCCAUCGCCAGGCUUGGGCCAUGUGGUGUCAAUGGUGGAGCUAGGCAAACUCAUCCUACAACAGCGAAACCACCAAUUUUCCAUCACCAUCCUCCUUACUACUGGUUUUUGGGACACCCCAAGCAUCAUCUCCUACAUCAAUUCUGUCUCCCAAGCCUACCCAUCCAUCUCCUUUCGCCGCUUCCCAUCCAUCUCCGUCUCCAUGGACCAAAAAUGCAGCGGUGCUGCGAUUUAUUUCCAGUUCGUCCGCCUCCAUGCGCCCAACGCACUCCUUUCUCUUCAGGAAAUCUCAAAAGAUCACAAGAUCUCUGCUUUUGUCAUAGAUCUUUUCUGCACUUCUAGUCUAUCCAUGGGAAAAGAUCUCAAAAUCCCCACUUUUUACUUCUAUGCCUCUGGUGCUUCUUCCCUUGCUGCCUUCCUUCAAUUCUCGAAACUUGAUGAACAAACCACUGAGAGCUUCAGAGAUCUCCCUGACACAGUCUUUCAUUUCCACGGCCUGCCACCGUUGAAAGCCAUACACAUGCCAGACCCCACACUUGAUAGAGAAGAUCCUGCUUAUCGGGACUUUAUAUACUUCUGUUCAGGCCUCGCACAAUCAGAUGGAAUUAUAGUUAACACAUUUGAAGAGCUCGAACCGAUUUCCAUCAAGGCUAUUGCUGAUGGGUUAUGCCUCGUUGAUGCUCCAACUCCACCAACUUACUACAUCGGACCAUUGAUUGCAGCAGGUAGUAAAGCUGAACACGAGUGUUUAUCGUGGCUGGAGAAGCAACCGUGUAAAAGCGUUGUGUUCUUGUGCUUUGGGAGCCGUGGGUCGUUCUCUCGGGUCCAAAUUAUGGAAAUAGCAAAAGGUUUGGAAAGGAGUGGGCAAAGGUUCUUGUGGGUGGUAAAAAAUCCACCUCGCGACGAAAAGGCAAAGCAAACUGACGAAAGCCCCAAUGUGGAUCUAGACUCUCUUUUGCCAGAGGGUUUUAUGGAGAGAACCAAAGAUAGGGGUCUGGUUGUGAAGUCAUUUGCGCCACAAGUAGCAGUGCUGAACAAGGACUCGGUUGGUGGCUUUGUGACUCAUUGUGGGUGGAACUCCAUCUUAGAAGCAGCGGUCGCGGGGGUGCCUAUGAUUGCAUGGCCUUUAUAUGCAGAGCAACACUUGAAUCGGAACAUUUUGGUUCAGGAUAUGAAGAUGGCUAUCCCUGUGGAGCAAAGACAGGAAGAUGGGUUCGUGAGUGGAACUGAGUUGGAGAAGCGAGUCACGGAGUUGAUGGAUUCCGACAUUGGCAUGGAGCUUAGAGAAAGGAGUUGGAAGAUGAGAGAGAAGGCCUUGGCUGCCUGGGGUCCUUCAGGGUCUUCCACUAAAGCACUAACCAAGUUGAUUGACUUGUGGAAGCGAGGUUGAGAAUCAACUGUUUUGUUUUGUCCUGUUCGCAUGGUAUCUAUGGUGGAUCACAAAUCCUCUGCCCGUAUUGUGCCCCAGCCGUGUCUCCUCUCUAUAUUUUUGCCAUCUGUUUUAUUUCUUUGGCAGUUAAUAUCAACUAAAAAAAAAGAAAAAAAAUCUCAUGUUAGGUUUUUUUACUGUUGACUGUCUACCUCGCUUUGACCUU